AUGAAGCUUUUGACUUUUAUAGCUGCAGCUGUGGUGACAGCGUCGGCCGAUUUCCGAAGCUAUAACCCGGGAGGGCAUGGUUUUGGAGGAGGAGUUUCGGGAGCAGCCUUCGGAGGAGGCUCCGGCUCAGGAUUUGGAAUCAGCUCAGGCUUCGGAGGAGGUUCCAGUUCAGGAUUUGGAGGAGGUUCAAGUUCAGGAUUUGGAGGAGGUUCAAGUUCAGGAUUUGGAGGAGGUUCGGGUUUUAUCUCGGGAGGAUGCGGUCCCGGACAAGUGUUCCACGCUGGCAGAUGUGUCACUCCACGCGAAAACCGUAAAGUCUAUUUAUACAACGCACCACCUGCACCACCAGUUCCCCACGGUCCUCCUCCAUACAUUCCUGAGCCAACCAUUGAUACGAAUAUCGUGUUCAUCCAAACACCUGAAGAAGGUCCAGGACCAGAACCUAUCGUCAUACCUCCACCACAGACUCGAAGCGUCGUCUAUGUCCUCAACAGACAGACACCAGAACAACAGGAUGUGAUCGAAGUCCCAGCGCCGCCAGCAACCAGCCCUGAAGUUUACUUCGUGAACUACGCUGACGGCGAGAACCCAGUUCUUCCCAGCGGUGUUGAUCUUCAAAGUGCCUUGAAUGCAGCUUCCCAAGGAGGCGGUCAAGUGAUUGGAGGAGGUGCCGGCGGUGGUUUUGGAGGCGGCGCUGGAGGUUUCGGAGGCGGUGCUGGAGGUAUCGCAGGCGGUGCUGGUGUUUCGGAGGCGGUGCAGGAGGUUUCGGAGGCGGCGCUGGAGGUGUUAGUUUCGAAGUCAGUGGAGGAAGUGGUGGUUUCGGAGGCAGCGGAGGUGUUAGUUUCGAAGUCAGUGGAGGAAGCGGUGGUUUCGGAGGAAGUGGAGGAGGUGUUAGUUUCGGAGGCAGUGGAGGAAACGGUGGUUUUGGAAGCAGUGGUGGGAUUGGAGGAUUCGUUAGUGGAGAUAGCGGAGAAUUUAUUUGUUGAAUAUGGUCAUCUCAUAGCAUUUGCAGACCAAGUCGCUUGA